AUGGAUUUGAGUUGGGGUCUGCCUCAUCGGAGUCGGGUCCCUCUUGUUUUCUGUCUGCUUUUGUUGAUUUUUUUUGUUUUGAAUUGUUUUGCCUUUCACGUCUCCUCUUUCUUGCAAUUGAUUUUACUUUCUCUCCUUCCUCUGACCCUUUUUCUUCUUUCUCUCUCUCUGUCUGUUGAAAACAACUCUUAUUUUAGGGAGAGGAUAGUGGUUAGAGGCGAAGCUGGAUGGAUGGGUAUGGGGAAAGGGGCAAGAACGGAAGCCCUGGGACUGAUCCAAACCCUCUUUCUCUCUCUCUGCAUCUUCCCGACAGGGAUGUCUCCAUGCAAAAUCAUGAAGUGCAACUCUGAGUUUUUGGCAGCCACGUCAGGGCCUCACCACCUCGGUGCCGAGGAGGCCCCCGAAUUCUGCACUGCCCUGCGUACCUACGCCCACUGCACCCACCGUACAGCUCGGACCUGCCGGGGAGACCUGGUUUAUCACUCUGCCGUCCACGGCAUCGAUGACCUCAUGGUCCAACACAACUGCUCCAAAGAGGGCCCCACCUCGCAGCCCCGCCUCCGCCCUCUGCCCCGAGGUGAUAGCCAGGAGCGCUCGGACAGCCCUGAGAUCUGCCAUUACGAGAGGAGCUUCCACAAACACUCCCCCCCUCCCAAUUACACCCACUGCGGGCUCUUUGGAGAUCCCCAUCUCAGGACUUUUUCAGACACUUUCCAGACAUGCAAAAUCAAGGGAGCAUGGCCGCUCAUAGACAAUAACUACCUGAACGUACAGGUCACCAACACACCUGUCUUGCCUGGAUCUACGGCGACAGCCACCAGCAAGCUCACGAUUAUCUUCAAGAGCUUCCAGGAGUGUGUGGACCAAAAAAUGUACCAGGCCAAGAUGGAUGAGCUCCCGGCGGCCUUUGUCGACGGCUCCCAGAACGGCGGGGACAAGCACGGAGCCAACAGCCUGAAAAUCACGGAGAAAGUGGCCGGUCAGCACAUCGAGAUUCAGGCCAAGUACAUUGGGACAACCAUCGUGGUGAGGCAGGUUGGCCGCUACCUCACCUUUGCCGUGCGGAUGCCUGAGGAGGUGGUGAACGCCGUAGAGGACAGGGACAAUCAGGGCCUGUACCUCUGCCUACGGGGCUGCCCGCUCAACGAGCAGAUAGACUUCGAGGCCUUCCGCCCCACCGCGCAGACCAGAGAAAACGAGCCUCGGCGGAAAGGGCAGGGCUUCAGCCAUGACACCGCCACAGCCAAGUGCCGAGAGAAGCUUCCGAUCGAGGACGUGUACUUCAAAUCAUGUGUCUUCGACCUCUUGACCACGGGGGACGUCAACUUCACCCUCGCGGCCUAUUACGCCUUCGAGGAUGUCAAGAUGCUCCAUUCCAACAAAGACAAAUUGCACUUGUACGGACAGUCCAGAAACAUGGCUCCCUCCCAGAGACCCACCCCUCUUUUCCUUCUCCUAGCUGUGCUGGUGUAUUUGCCCCAGUUCUUGGCCCUUUUCCUAUAGACCUUCAUCCUGGCAGAAGCCGCCGAAGCCGGAGGCAACCACAAACAAAAUAAUUGUACUGGAACAAGCUGAGCCAUCUGGGAGUGAAUGUCUUUUUUAAAAACGUCUCUGAGUGAGUCCUGGACCUCCACCUUGCAGUAUAAAACUUUUCUUCCUUUGUGUGGAGUCUCUGCAAGACUCAGCUGUGCCACCUUCCAUGCUCCGUCCCCUCAUUUCCUCCUAUUGCUAAGACCAAUGGGAAGCCCUUUCCCUUUCCACACACCCCCUUUUUCUGUGUUUUCAGUGGUUGUGGUGAUUGUGAUUUUGGCAUUUGUGUAAACUGAGUUGUCGUCGGAGAAGUGGAGGUGGCCGACGUCGCCAGAAAGGAGCUGCAGUAUCACACAACUGCACAAGGUGGCGUCAAAAAGGACCAGAGGGAAAGGUCUUCUGGGCACGGCCCGCUCCGUGCCUCCCUCCCUGGGUGGUUAGAGUUUUUUUUCAUUGGGUGCACCUGUUUUCUCCGGGGCACACUGUCUGCACCUGGCAGAAUGGUUCGCACAUCCUUCUCCUCCCCACACGUGCAGAGCAUGCCCCUGCACGUUUGUAAUGGCUGCUGGUGCACCCCCGGCGUCUGCGUUCUCCCUUGUGCAGCUGCAGGCAGCUGCCUGGGCAAAGUUGGGUGUGACAAGCGUGCUGGGAUCUACCUUCUUUCCCCCUCUCCUGCACUCCCAUGGAAUCUGUUUCUUUCCCCACUAGCAGGGUGUUGGGUCUUUGGGUUAGGAAGAGCAUAACACCAGGAGAGAAGAGACUGCCUUGCCCAGCAGAUUUUGGUCUUGACCAAAGGUCCCCUGGGCGCUGCAAUCCUGCUAUCCCUGCCUGGUUUCCGAUCCUCUGCUUCUCCACCCUUUCUCUCACCACCACCAGGUACACUCAGGAUACACUAGGCCAGUAUUCCAGUGGGGUAGGCUACUUGUUUGUUUUUGCUUUCACCUUGCACAGCAAAGAGAGUUUGAGAAUUUUCUCCCUGGGGAUUCUUGCUGAAAACUUGCCAUGAGCUUUCAAACCCUAUAUACCCCCCCCCACACACACACACACACCCUCCUUUUGUGAGCCAUGGAGAACUUCUCUACUCAACAAGUAACAAAUUGUGGCAUGCACUGCCAGUGGAAAUAGGGAGGGCCGUGAGCUUACAAGAUUCACGGAGGAUAGGUACAUCAGUGGCUGCUAGCUGUGAUGACUGAAGAGGGCCUCCAUAUGCAGAGGCAGCAAACUUUUGAAUCCCAGUGGCGGGAAGCAACAGCGUCUACGUCAUGUUUGUUGGCCCUGCAAGGUGACUCAUUCGGCUACUGUAUGAAACGGGAAGGUGGACUAGGUGAAUCAAUGUUCUGAUCCAACAGGGCUCCUCUUACAUUCAUGUGAGCUCAGCCAAAAAUGGCUGAGAUGGAGACUGAGUUCUAGCACAACAAAACAAGCUUAGACCUCUGCUUCCAGACUACAAUUGCAUCAUGAAUUGGCGUGAGGAUGCUAUUUCCUACCAUCAGCGUCCCCUUUUUCCAAGAAAUGCUGGGAAUUGUGUUUCCUGUGUGAGGGAUGGGGAGUAAAGCUCAUGAGAAAAUUCUCCACAUGAACUACAAUUCCCAGACUUCUUAAAGUAGGAUCCUUAAAGUGAUGCCAAACCAACGUAGGUUGGACCUUCAGUGCUCUUCUUCACAGGCUAGUCACAAAGAUAUUUCACCUGGAAUCAUGUGCCAGAAGAGGGAAUUUUGGCUGGGGCACCUGUCCUGCCGAAAUGGCCUCCUCUACACAGGAAUUAAAGCAGUGAAUCUCAAAGGUGUUCUGUGAAAAAUCAAGGCACCUAAAAAAUUUACAGGAUCUCGUGAGUUCAAAACGUCUAGCCCUAGAGGAGGCUGCUUGCUGCGUCUCUGUACGUCAUCCCUUUUGCCAAUUGACUUCUAUGGGGCAUAGAGUUACCCGGUCUCCUGCUGUGGAGAGAGGUUUCCUCAUAUUCCAUCUCGUUGCCUGCCAGCGCUUUAGGCACCAGCCGUAGGAAAUGGGGAGGACAUAUGCUGGUGUGCUGGUGUGCUUCCAUCGCUUUGGGUGGAAACCAGAAGUGACGUGGCAAAUACUCUAGGAAGUUGCAAAAAUUCUAUGGUAAAGCGAUAUGGGUUUUUGCAAAAUGCUAGAGCAUCUGCAAUGCCACUUCCCGUUCUGCUUUUGGGGAGGUGAAAGUGAAGCAAGCCUCUCAUUUUAACUUAGAGAAAGUGUGUAUCUGUGAUCAGAAGUUUGAGGGGCACUGGCUUAAAUGUUCCGGGGUCCAUUCCCACUUGAUAUCACUCUGGCCUUCCUCCACAAACAUUUCUGAGCCAAAAAGAGCAAACGUUUUGAUCAGGGUGUAUUGAGACAUCUUCUUGAAUUUCCAGAUAGCCGCUUCCCCCAUGUGGACAGAACCACUUUUUACAUAUGAAACUUUUUUGUUUUUUGCUGCAAGUUUGCACUGGUCACCCCAGCUUUGAUAAAGUUCCAAGACAUGUCCGGCUUGUGCUUCCUCCUGAAGAAUGGGUUAAAAUAGCUGGACAGAUGUUGAGCCAUCAAGAGCUGUGCGAAAGGCAUGCAAAUCCCCUGAAGUCAUCGAUUCCUUUUGAUGCUGGCAUAGAAAUCAGAGCUGGGUUGAGGUGCGAGAUGUCUACUCUGGUGUACUCUAUUCAUGCACGCAAAAAGUUGUCACACAGGAUUACUCUUGACUGCUGCAAUUUGAUUAUCCCUGUCUCUCUACAUCAGACAUCUGCCAAGUGAAGAACACGUGUCAGGAGAUCCAGUGUUCACCUGGAAGUUUAAAAAGACAGAGCCGGCAGCAGGGCAAAGGCUUUGCUGUACACUGGAGCUUUGUGAAUGGGCUGAGAAAUGCUAGAAGGGAAACUUCUGCCCGUUAUAACCUCUCCAGGUCCAAGCCCGGCUCUGGAAGGCAGCUCCAGCCCAUUUCCAUUCCUUGCUGUCCUCUGGUUGAGAUCCCACACAGUUUUAGACUGGAGAGGUGAAAUUGACAGAGCCUUCCAGGAGGCAAAGAUGAAAUUAACAAACCUUCUGAGAAGCGAUCUCCACUGACUCUCUCUUUUAAAACUACAUUUCCCAGCUAACAGUGUGUCACCCUACACUUCACAAACACGUGCUGAGGUGUCUGGUGUAGAGAGACUCUGGCAGUGCAAUCCUAUGGAGAGUUACUCCAGUCUAAUCCCAUUGACUUCAAUAGGCUUAGACUGGAGUAACUCUCCAUAGGAGUGCACUGUUAGUUCCAUUUGAGUAAAUGUCUAAACUGUCUAGGAAUGGCCCCUUUGAGCAAGGAGGCACCACCCCAUAAUACUCCGUCGUUGAAUCCAACCCCCCGGCAACCCAGCUUCUGAUCUCCAGCCCUCAUUUUCUUCCUCCAAUAUCUCUGCUGCUCUGUUCAACUGCAGUUUCGUAGCCCUUGGGUGUAAAUUAUUACAUUUUUAAUAUCAAGCAGGACUUCCCAGUGGUCUUGUGUGACUGUACAGAUAAAGAGGUGUAUGUUUUGUUUCCAGUGUUUAAAGAUAUGUGUUUACUACUUCACCCCCAUGGUUUGAUUUGCCAAUGGCCAAUUUUUCUCCCGUUUUUCUGUUGGUUUGUGUAUCUUUCGAGAGAGAGCAUAAAACAGGGAUCACUCAAGCAAGUGUGCAAAUUUGGGCUCACUUGGGUAAGAAAGGGAGAUUGGGGAUUGCCGGGUCAGCAAAAGGGGAGAUCGCAGUUCCCAAUCCCUAGAAAUCUUUCAGUCAGUUUUUUUGGGGAGAAGAGAUCUUGUUGAGACGAGUCAGCCAUCUUGAAAUUUGGCACGCACAAUUGCCAUCUUGAAAUCUGGCGCAAUUCUUUUGCCGAUCUGACUUACGGAUUUUUGUUAGAAUGUUGUUCAACCAAUGAGGAUGGUUGUAUGGUGAGCCAAAGACAUGUUGCUGGUCACCAGAUAGCUGACCCACAAUCCUUUGCAAUGUCACAGAAGAUUGUUAGAGGCAAAAUUUGUGGUGAAUGCUCUCCUUGUUGACUGGCCACCAGAUAGCUGCCCCACCAAACUGGUCACCAGAUAGCUGCCCGGAUAGCAACUUAGCAUCUUCUGUAGUACUGCAGAUAGUGUCAUUAGUACUAAAUAAAAACGUCACUGAGGACACAGAAUGCAAAUUGUGGUUUAUGGAUGUGCAGGAUCCAGCUAAGGUGAAAACCUUUUGUUUAAUCUUACUUCUUCCAAUUCCUUCUAAAACAGAGUUUCUGUCAAGUAAUGGAAAUAUUCAGAUUUCCAUCAGAGAAGAGACUGGAAUGGAAGGCCUUGACUUUAAAAAAUGACAUUUCAGGGCUGUAAAUAAAAUUCAAUGCCCAAAUGAGGCCAAAUUGAAACACACUGUGGAGGUCCUAAGAAGUUAGAUAACUAAGGGAAUCAUUUGACUCAAACCAUAAGCCUUGUCCAUGCUCAUGUUUGAGCCAGACUUCUGAAGAAAUUCACAAAAAGAAAGAGGAAUCUAAACUCCCUCUGUGGCUGUGUUCAUACAAACAGUUGUAGUGGAUGGGUUCACCUGCUGGGAAGGUUAUCCAAAUCCACCGGCAACGUGACACAGGAGUACUUGCCUGCCACUGGAAAUUUUUUUUUAAAAGAUGAAAUUGUGUGUGUGGUGAUGGGUCUUCUCAACUAAUCCUACUCUAUAGAAUCUGCCCUCUUACUCCCCGCAUGUGGGAUCUGUGACUGUUUCUUUGUGUUUCUUAGGUGUUGAGAUAUCCCUGUUUUAAUGAUCAAAGAUUCGAGAAAGCACUUUAUUUUGGUAAUGUUCUGGCUUACAGGUGAAGCAGAGCCAAUGAAGACCCAGCAGAUUUUAAAAAAUAGAGGGCAGGGCAGAAAUCACCUUCACCAUCCUGCCUUCCCUUCCACCUUUUGUGUACGCGUAGGACUUUUGUGGGGUGUUAAUGUACAUACUGUAAAUUAUUUAUUGAUGAAAAUUCGAGUAAAUUUUUUUCCCCUUCCCAACA